AUGCCUCGUAUUGUGACGAUAGGAGCUGCUCCAACCGCUUUGGGAGCAGCAUUUCGUUUGAAUGAUUUAAAGAAUCAAGGAGUCAAAGAAGCUGAAGAUGUUGAGAUUCUCUGUCUUGAACAAGAAUCAUUUGCCGGUGGUCUUUCGUGCACUGUAGAAGAUGAUAAGGGUUUUCUUUGGGAUAUGGGUGGACAUAUCACCUUCAAUCACAAUUUCCCAUACUAUGAGGCGGCCACAAAAUGGGCUGUGGAUGAGUGGAAUAAUUUGACGAGAAAUUGUCAGGUUGAUAUGAACUAUCUUUAUGGAGAAAAGGGUAUCCAUCUUGUCCCAUAUCCAGCUCAAUUCGCUGUCCCGCUUUUCCCUGAUUCGGUGAAAGAGGGUUGUUUAAAGGAUUUGAAAGAACGAUAUGAGAAAGAACCCGAAGGAACUCCGGAAAACUUUGAAGAAUGGGUGAUGAAACAUUUUGGGCCAACAAUUCUUGAUACUUUCUUCAGACCAUACACAAAGAAAGUGUGGACUGUUGAUCCAGUGAAAAUGUCACCAAAUUGGGUGGGAACUCGUGUGGCAAAACUUCCACAAGAGAAAUUGGAGGAACUUUGUGCAAUGAAUCAAGAUGAAUUGGCUAAAGCUGAUUUCGGAUGGGGACCAAACUCAGUGUUUACUUUUCCUAAAUAUGGAGGAACGGGCAAUGUGUGGAACAGUAUGUGCAAGAAACUUCCAGAGAAUUGGUUUAAAUUCAACUCAAAGGUGAUUGGUAUCAAUUAUGAAGAGAAAACUGUGGAAUAUUUGGAGAAAGGAAACGAUACACCAAAGAAAGUCAACUACGAUAUUCUUUUGAACACUGGUCCGAUUGAUAUUCUCGUUCGUGAGACGCAGAUCACAAGAGAGUUGGAUUUGUUGAGAAAUAAGGUAUUCAUCGUUGGAGUUGGAAUGAAGAAACCGAUGACAUCAUUCUUGGAGAAUUUCACUUGGUUGUAUUUCCCAGAUCCUGCUGUUCCAUUCUUCCGUGUCACCAUUCUAAGCAGAUAUGGAGAGGUUACUCCAAACAACGAAGAGUACUGGUCGGUGAUGUGCGAAUGUGCAAGACCAAUUGAUGAUGAGGAUACGGAAGAACAGGUGACCCAACAGGCCAUCGAUGGUCUUGUAUUGAAAACAAUGAUUGAAAGAGACUCGAUCAUUUCUGUUUAUUCGACAACUCUUCCAUAUGGAUAUCCAAUUCCAACUCCACAGAGGGAUGCCGAAUUGGCUCGUGCUCACAAAGAGCUUGAGAAGAACUCGAUCUAUUCUCGAGGUCGCUUCGGUGGAUGGAAAUAUGAGGCCAGCAAUCAAGAUCAUUGCUUCAUUCAGGGCAAAGAAUUCGUUGAUCGUGUCUUGUUGAAUGAACCCGAGAAACUCUACAAAACUGGAGUCUUCGAGCCAACGAAACAAGGA